ACCUUUUCAGAAUACUGGAGCGCGACCAGAUGGAAUUCUGCACUCCCUUCUUUACGGAUCCCUCACGUUUUAAAUUGUAUCGCAGACAUUUUUAGCAGACUUUUAGCGGUCAACAAACAGCCCUGGUGUGAACACAGAGUCUUUACUUUCAGGCUCGGCUGCGCUGUGAACCGGGACUGGAGCGGUCAGGACAUAUAAAAGGCACCAAACAUCUUCUCGCUGUCUCGAGGCGUUAACGGGUGUCCGUCAUGCCGCUGUUUGGUAAAUCCCACAAGAGUCCCACRGACAUUAUCAAGACCCUAAAGGAAAACCUGGCCAUCCUGGUCAAACAUGACAAGAAGACAGACAAGGCAUCUGAGGAGGUUUCAAAAUGCUUGGUGUCGAUGAAGGAGAUUCUGUACGGCAGCAACGACAAGGAGCCGCACACUGAGACCGUGGCCCAGCUCGCGCAGGAGCUGUACAACAACGGCUUGCUGAUUGCGCUGGUAGAAAACCUGCAGUAUAUAGAGUUUGAGGGGAAGAAGGACGUUUGUCAGAUCUUUAACAACAUCUUGAGGAGGCAGAUCGGAGCGAGGAGCCCCACCGUCGAAUACUUGUGCUCCCACCAAGAGGUCCUCUUCAUCCUGCUGAAAGGAUACGAAACCCCGCAGAUAGCGCUGAACUGCGGCAUCAUGCUGCGGGAAUGCAUUCGCUACGAGCCACUCGCCAGGAUAGUUCUCUAUUCCGAACAUUUUCACAGCUUCUUCAGCUAYGUGGAAAUGUCCACAUUUGACAUCGCUUCUGACGCCUUUGCCACCUUUAAGGAUCUCCUUACAAGACACAAAGUGGUCGUGGCUGAAUUCCUCGAAAAGAACUACGAUGCUGUGUUUGCUAACUAUGAGAAGCUGCUGCACUCAGAGAACUACGUCACAAAGCGGCAGUCGCUUAAGCUUCUGGGCGAGCUGUUACUGGACAGACACAACUUCACGGUGAUGACAUACUACAUCAGCAAGCCUGAAAACCUCAAGCUAAUGAUGAAUCUGCUCAGAGACAAGAGUUCCAACAUUCAGUUUGAGGCCUUCCACGUGUUUAAGGUGUUUGUAGCGAACCCCAACAAGACGCAGCCCAUCGCCGACAUCCUGCUGAAGAACCAGACCAAAUUAAUUGACUUCUUAAGCAACUUCCAGAAGGACCGCACAGACGACGAGCAGUUCAACGACGAGAAGACGUACCUUAUCAAACAGAUCAGAGAUCUGAAAAAACCUGCCUCCUAGAAGAGCCCCCCCGAUCCCACCCAGCUUUUUAUUAAUAGGAAGGCAUAGAAAAUAGAAAAAAAAAAAACACAUUAACAAUAAUGGUUGUACUAUUUAAAAAAAUUAUUUCUGUUUGUUGGUAAAAGUAGCUCAUAAUCAAUGAUCUAACUUUUGUAAAUUUAUUUUUUUUAUUUAGAAAAUCUUAUUGUUUUCAUGUGUAGCAUGUAGCUCAAUGUGUUGAAAGCAUCUGAUUUGCUUUGUUAAACGAACCAGCAGGGGUGGGGGGACGACUUGGGCCAAAAACGCUUUCUCCUUCCGCCGCUUCUUAAAGGUGAAAUGUGCAAUCAUGUGAAGUUGCUGCAAAUCGCCAAAAUCUUGAAGGAUGUUUUUUUUUUUUUCCCUGACAAAGAGAUUCUUAAGGGAAGAUGGAAGAUGUUAGCAGAGUGUGGAGUGAAAAUAGUCUCAAAAUACCUUUGCGUGUGUAACACUGGAUUUGUAAUCCAUGUAAGCAUCUUGAGGCCUUCCACGUGUUUAAGGUAAAAAAAAAAAAGAGACAAAAAUUUGAGACAAAAUGUGUUCAAGUGAAUUGGKGCCGGACGAAAUCGAGAAACUUUGGAGAUUUGUAUCUGUGAAACAUGAUUUUAAAACCGUAAAAAGAAAAUUUGUGCAUAACUCUGGGUACUUGUAAAUAUGUGGUCAAAUGCAUACACAAAUAUGACGAAAUUACGAAUAUAAAAGUACACACACGCWAUUACAAUUUCUACAAACGUAAAAUUUCUACGCACAAAUUUUUUAACUACAACCUCACAAAUMUGAUAAAUACGAAUUCAAACCUAUGCCUACGAGUCGCCUGAUGCACACAGACAAAACUGCAUUUACGCACAGAUCCGGUUACGACUGCACAAGGAUUUUUGAGACUCAUUUCACGCUUCAGACAGCCUCAAAUUAGUGCGUUUAAAUGCUGGCGGAAAGCUGGGUCAUAUGAGUUUUGCUCGGAGUCUACUGUUUUCAUCCUCUGAACGUUUGUGCUUGUGCCAAAGUGGCAAUGACGUUAUUUCGUUGGAAAACGGAAUAUUUCAGUACUUCUUUAUCCACCUUAUUCCUAGCCUCCAUGAGGCUUUGCCUGAUUUAUGGUCGCGACUUCUGCCGCAAACCGGAACCGCCAUUUGUUUACAUGUUGCAACUCGCUAACCGGCUUUUGUCAGAGGUUUUAGGCUACAAAAUAUGUGCUAAYACAGCUAAAAUAUGGUAAUGUUGUUUUACCGCUACCUAUAGAUAUUGCGGGGAGGAAUAGCGACAUGAAGAAAUGGCUACAAAUAACCCGCACUAGCUACUUCACUGACUCAGUAUAUCUCCAAUUAUAAGGUUGAACUGAAGGGGAGAUUGUUUAAUGGUUACAACAGUACAAAAGAAACUUUAGUAAUUUAUGCAUGUUUUUGUGUGUUCCACUAUUCUCCACUAAAAUCUAAGUAGGAUUAUAGAGUUUCCCCCCCUCCCUGCCUCGGCCUCCAGGUUCUGCGUUACGGCCCUGCGUUUGCUGUCACAGCRCAUCGCGCUGCACUCCUUCGGCUCCACAACUCAGAUGUCCCGCUGCACAGAUUUGUGAUGCUUAUCUUAAUAUUAGUGAUUAUAAUGGCGUUUAGUUGCGCAACUUGACGGGCRCGUUCAUUCGGUGCUGUUUUCACGGUUAUUGCGCUGUUCAUAAUAGUCUCGAUGUUUGCAGUUUGUUGUGGCGCAACGUCAGUACAUCACUGGCAGCCACAAUCUAAACUUGGAGUACAGCUACGUACAGCACAACAGUCACCCCCCCAAAAAAGCCUCCCAGGAAUAAGGUGGAUAAUACUCCAGAAUUGUUUAUAGACAUAUUGUGCAUUUUUGAGCGGAAGAGAUGAGAUUACAUUGUUUAAAAUUUAUUGUUAAUCUCUUUAUGUUGAAUAAAUAAAAAAUAUUACUUAUUUAACCCUCUAUUGCAUGGCGUUGCAAACCACA